CUUAGAGUGGAGACUAAACUUGAGGCAAGAACGUGUAUAAUCAUCUCAGUAGGAAACAUGGUUGUUAUUACCUCAGGCUGGCGUCAGCUGUGUUUGAAAGCACAUCUUUGGUGCUUUGUCAUGGAAAUGAAGGUGCUUGGAGAUCUGAUCAGGGUGUUCACAGUUUCACAGCUCGUGGGCCGGAUUUUCCUCAUUCCUCUCUCAGCAGUGUAGUCCUCUUCUGUUAUUGCCUGACAAGAGAAACAAAACACGUGCUAGAAGAUGAUGAGCAGCUGAAGGAUCUGUGAACUCUCUGACGGGUCUGUAAUCUUCUGCCGCGAUGAGCUGGGCUGGAGAUGACUGGACUGUGGGUCUGACGGGUCACGUCCUGCAGAAGGUUAAACAGCUCCUGGCUCAGAACGAGAAGCUGAACAAAGAGAAACAGCAGAGGCAGCUGCAGCUGGAUAACUCUGAGGUCGCUCUGCACAAACAGAAGCAGAAGCAUGAGGAGGUGCGUGUGGAGCUGGCCGCAGUUCAGAGGGAGCUGGGAGGAGUACGAGAGGCGGCACAGGCCGAAGUGCGGACCAGAGAACGUCUGUCUCAUGACCUGCAGGUCAAAACGGGUCAAGUGCACUCGCUGGAGGGACAGCUGGAGUCUGCCAAAAAGCUGACACAAAGCCUCACGCAGGAGAUCAAACGGCUUGAGGCAGAGCUGGAAAAGCUGCAGAAGGGGAACGGCUCUGGGGAAUCCACGUUGUUUUCCACACCUUGUUGGAACACGAGCUCUCCCUGGGACAACAACGGUGGUUUCAGAGCGGAGAGCGAAAGCAAAGCACAGCAUGCCAGACAGCAGCUGCAGUUUGGAGACGUCCCCAAGCCCUCAGCAGGCGGGGCCUCCUCCCCGUUUCCACAGCAACCAUAUAAAUCCCCGCCCCUCCGGCGCCACGUCCGCCAAUCAGAGCCAUCCACCCCCUCCUCUGUGUUUCCAUGGGAACGUGAUGUCUUGUGGUCCACUCCCAAAGGACGACCGACUUCCUUGGUUUCAUCCAGUGAGGUCAUGAUCAAGAGCAGUAAUUGUGGGAUGGAGGACGCCCUGAGGAACGAGAUCGAUGAGCUGCGUGUGCGUGUUUCAGAUCUACAGCGCGAGGCACAGCUGGAGACUGAGCGCAUGAAGGAUGUGGAGUCUCGUCUGGCUCAGGCUAACAGAGAGAUCAGCAGCAAAGAGCAGAGCCUGACGCGCACGCAAGAGCAGCUGACCCGCGCACAGACCCGCAGCACACAGGAAACUGACAGAGCCCAGACAGCUGAGCAGAAAGUCAAGCACCUUCAGGAGGAGCUGAAAUGUCAAAGGCAGAAUGCUGAAAGCAGUCGCUGCAAUGCAGAGCAGCGCAGGAAAGACAUGGAGAGAGAACAUCAACGGGAGCUGGUGGAGCAGCAGAGAGAGAGGCAGGCUCUAGAGAAACAGCAUCAGCAGGAGAACAACAGACUAAACCAGGAGAUCCAGCAGGCCAGAACUCUUCACAACACACUGCAGGCUCAGCAUGACAAGGUGUGUUUGCAGAAGCAGAGUUUGGAGCGAGAUCUGGAGGAUGUGAAAGGGAAACUGAAGAACACUGAGGCUGACCUGAAAGAAAGUCAGAAGAGAGAGGCACAAACUGAGGCAAAACUCACGGAGGCGCUGAGGGAGUGUGAGAGUCUCACUGUUUCUCUGGGGCAGAUGAAAAAACAGGAGAAAGUGCUACAGGAGGAAGUGAAGCGCUUGACUGAAGAGCUUGCUGAGGCGCUCAAGCUUAUUAAAGAACUGCAAGCUCAGCUGGCCGCUUCUCCUCCACCUGUUGCUGCCCCUAACUUUAGCUCAGCUGGAGACUCCUUCUCUCCCUGUGUUUCCCUCCAUCACGACCGCUCUUCCCCUUUCAACAACUCCUCUCAGAGAAAAAGAGCCCCUAAUACAGGGAGAACAAGGGAAGAGGAGAGAAUGAAGUAUCCCUCCGGUAGAGAGCCUGGAGAGGGCAUCGACUCAGAGCACAUUGACAAAUUUGAGUCCGAGGAGAAAUCCCAAAAGCGUAUAGGAGUCCAAACACUUCCAAGUGGCUCUCUGAAACUGACUGAGUUUGAUUUAGACACCUCAGUGAUGGAACAAGACACGGGUAUUGAAGAUGUGGAUACGGACUCCUUCACGUCCGACUCAACCAGGGGCACGAUGCCUAAAAGUGAAUCGGACAUCAGUCGCAGCCUAAAGUUAGACAAUACAUCAGGUAAAACAGAAAAAUAUGACUCUACAACUCUGAAAGAUCUGAAGAAGCAGAAUGCAGAGCUUCAAGAUGAGCUUAGAGAUGUGAAAUAUGACCUUCAGAAGCGACUUGAGGAUCUUGAAACCCAGAGGAGAGCAGAAACUGAGGCCAGGACCAAAUUGAAGCAAUUGAGUCGCAAACACUCAACCCAGACAGAGCAGCAACGUGCCAAAGCUCUGGAGCUCAAGGAUAGCCUGGUGAAAUUGGAAACUCAGCUGGAACAAGAGAAGAAGGAGAGCUCAAAAUUAAAGGAAACACUUCAUGCUCUGCAAAGUGAAGCUGAGAACAGGAAGGUGAAUGACCAGGAAGAAGAUUCACAGCUGAAGAAGGCCUUGGCUGAAAUGGAGCAAAAGGAGACCAUCAUGGAAGAAGAAAUGAUGGGAAUCAAAAAGGAACUGCAAGACCUUCAACUAAAGCUUGCACAGGAACGGGAGGAGAGGGAGCAGGAGAGAUUGGAGGAAAGGAAGCUGAUCAGAAGAGAGGAAGGACUAAAGAUUGCACAGCUUCAGGAAGAGCUGGACAUUCUUCGAAAGUCUACGGGUUUGGAAGAGAAGAUAUCAAAAGACAAUCUUCCCCUCACGUAUUUACAUCUAGAACACCACCAAAACACUGAUCAGAAAGCUGAUCUUACCGAAAACAAAGACUUGAUUCCUUCUCCAGGAGUUCAAGAGUUUUCUGUGAAUCUUCAGAACACAAUGGUCCGCAAUGAAGCUAAAACAAUUGAGCUGAUUAUGGACCUUGAAGCACAAACUAAACCGAAGACCUCUCCUUCAGAUAUGAAUAGGGCUCGAGCAUUAAGUACAGAAGCUUCAGAUUUGGACAACUCUACGGUUUUAGUUUUGGAGGUGGAACGCUUGAGAGCUGCGCGAGACAGAGAGUCUGAGAAGGCAAAAGUAUCUCAAAGAAAGCUGGAGGAGCUACAGAAGCAAGUGACCACUCAGACCAAGCAACUCACCCAAGCUUUCGAAAGCCAGAGCAAGCACAUUGACAACUUGUUAAGCGAGUUAGAGGAUAAAGAGUGUGCUCUCCAGAAGCAGGCAGAGGAGCUGCAAAAAUGCCAGGAGAAAAUCUGUUUUCUUGAAGAAAAACAAACCAGGACGAAUGAUCUCUCUGCACCUCCUGAACUAUCUACAGAGAUCUCAAGAGAACUGAGCUGUGAUUCAGUCUUCAGCAACACGAGUAUAAGUGACCAUGAAAUGUUUAGUGAUGAUACACCACCGGUUUUGAAGGAGAAGGUCUCAGAACAUACUGUACAGCUUCCUGUUGAAGCCUCUGUUAUUCAGAACAUUGAUCAAACAAACACUAGUGAGAUUUCUGAUAAGCUACAAGCGACUGAACAUUUUAAACAACAGUCUGUAGACACUUCAAAUUCUAGCACAGCUUCAGAUGCACCAAUAAUUUCUGAUGUAACUGAAGAGAAAUCAAGUUCUGUCUUGCAGGAUGAACAGUUGAAUGUUGUUAACUGCCAAAAUGACAGUAUUCCAGAACAUUCAAUUCAUGAUAUCAAGGAGCUCGAACGAGUUACAAAGGAAUUACAAGCAGCUCAACUCGAGCUAAAUGUGAUGAAGGCUCAGAAUUCAGAGCUUGCUCUACAGGGAGACAUGAUAAAAGAUAAGCUACUGAAUGUUCAGCAAGAGAAUCAAGAGUUGAAAUCAACUCUGAAACACUUGUGUGAAGACACUGGUGCUAAACAAGAUGGUGCCUUAAAUUUAGCGAACUCUAAAAACAAAUCGUUGUUGAGUUCAAAUGAAGGAUUGCAAAGCAUCUCCCCAUUAGGGAAAGAGAAAUUGGUCGUUCAGCAUGGAAACUCUGAAGCGGAGGUUCAGUCUCUUCAGGAGCAGAUCCAGAAGUUGCAGGACCAAAUCCUGGACCUCUUUGAACAAAACAGGACUCAGGCUGAACAGCUGGAGCUCUGGAAGCUGUCCACUGUGGAAGAAACAGCGGGCAACAACUCACCCUCUAUUGUGCUUAAAGAGUUUGAGCUGUUCCUCCCCUGCGGUCCUAGCAAACUGCACACACAGUCUCAAACCAGGACCAUGAUGCACCAGUGCGAUGUCAGAGAUGUGACUUAUCACUCUGGAUUAGAUGACUCAAAUCUGACCAACAGUGACGAAAAAGUGUCGUCUAAAACCCAAAUAACAAUUGAUGUGAGAAAUUCGCAAGGACCUGCUGAGGACAUUAUGGCUAGAAAUAAGAAGCUGCUAACCAAGGAUAAUGCUCAACACAAGUGUGAGAACAGCUCUGCUAACCACCACUGCGAUAAAAGUCCUCCUGUCUGCAUCUCAGAUAUAAUGACUAGUAACACUCGUGACAAGCUGUCACCGCUACAGACCAAACCAACAGAUUACAGUCAUUCAGAGUCUCAGCCGGUUGCCUCAUUGUCUCCUGAGGGUCAGCCCAAAGUGACAGAUGCCAGUGCUAACAGCCAGGAAGAUGCCUUAAUCAGUGUUUCCAUCUCAACCAAAUAUCAGGCCGAGGUAAUCAACACAAAUGCAAUCACUGAGUCCUAUGGGAACGCUGAUUUCCACAAUUCUGAAACUAUGGGAACUGUUGCUUUGGAUAAACAUCGUGGAGAUGCAACAGAUAAACAGAACAAACAUUACACUGCUGUGGAAAACACAAUCAGAAACGAAUCAGCUCAAGGUCAAAAAGCAGAGGUCAGUGGAGUUUGUAACAGAACAGGGGUCAUAAGUGUGUCCACGCAGAUGGAGGAGAGUCGAGAGAUGCAUUUAGCAGUCAAACAGCCGCCCGUCCACGCCUGCACUCAGACAGAUGGAGAACAGCUGCAGACGGAGCAAGAUGAAGGUGAUAAAGCGUCUGUAGACUCACCGGCCCUCUCCCCGACCCCACACACUGUUACAAACCAACUGCUGCUAUCCAGCGUGUUCCCUAUGAGUGACCCAGCACACCUCGCUGAACGCAUCCGGCAAAACCGCAACCGCAUGUCUGCUGCUUAUGAUGAGACCGAAUAUGAACCAUACGGCCUGCCAGAGGUUGUAAUGAAAGGAUUUGCCGACAUCCCCAGUGGGCCAGCCUGUCCGUAUGUCCUGCGCAGAGGGCUUCUGGGAACUGACGCAAUGCCCCUCCCACGCAGAGGAGAAGCCACGCCCCUGGAGGAAGAUGACGACAUAGAGCCAUAAUACACUCCUGAUACCUCCUGUGUAUGUUUACUGGGCUCUGCAACACUUUUAGAGGAACUUUUAAAGUCAUUUCCACUGGUUAUUCUAAUCGAGUUCAGCUUCAGAGCAGUGCUGUCUGUUCUCAGGUUUCCAUGCUGAAGGAAUUUCACUGCCUCUUUAAUCAUAAAGUACCACAUGACACUGUCCUAUGUUAUGUGAUGUAGAAUUUACAGACACUGAAGUUUCAUGAUUUUUAAUUGUUUUGCUAGUUCUUAUUGGCUGAAAGGUUAUGCCUUAUUGAUGUUUUUUUGGGUAGUGAAGCCAUUUAUAAGUUAGCUUUAAAAUUCCGUUGUAAUAUAUUGUUUGCGUAGCAUAGAGGUGGUGUUAGCCCCUGUUUUAUGACACUUGAAUUUUGUGAAUAGCCUUAUUUAUUGACAGACACUUCUUGAAGACUUGCUUUUGUGCACUACUGUGAGAGAUUGUGUGUGUGUGUGUGUGUGUGUGUGUGUGUGUGUGUGUGUGUGUGUUAUGACUCAGAUCAACCUGAGUCUGUUUCCGAUCCUUGUAUGGCGAUUCCCCUGUUUCUUUCUUUCUCUCGCUCUCUCUGUCAUCUAACAGCUUUUUAAUGCACAGUGGAGUAUUUAUAUCAUUGUUCGUUUGUAAUGAAGCAUUCGAAAAGCCUUCAGGAAUGGAUACACUUUUGAUUUGUUUAAUCUGAUUCGCUAGUGCUAGUUUGCUGUAAUAUGCGUUCCUUCUGAAUGUCAAAUGGAUUCUAGGACUUGAAGUUUGGAACGCUCGCAUUUAUUAAACGUAAAUGAAAUGCUUA